AUGGAGCAGUGCCGUCUUUUGUCCCUCGCAGAUGAGCUUCUCGUCUCCAUUGUUGAAACUCUUGCCAACGAUAGGCAGUCACUUGCCAGGCUCGCCUCGACAUGUGCGCAUCUCAAGGAAAUCUCAGAGCCGUACAUCUACCGCGACAUCAAGCUACAGAACACAGUCGAGGCGGAUCACAUCGCUAGCAGUAUCAAGGCUGACGAGGCGAGGGCUCUUGCGGUCCAUUCCUUGGACAGUCGUUUGGGGUCUAGUACUCACUAUUCCUCCCGAUCACCACCAGCCUCAAACACAGCAACAAACUUCAACUUUUUCAUGGGAGAUUUCAAGAAUUUGCGCAACUGGACUCUCGAAUCUCCUUACACUAACUAUUCUCGAUGGAUGGGAAGGCCGGGGUCACGGUGGAUUGACAAUGAUAUGGAGCGAAUCAUUGAAGUCUUUCAGCUUGCAGGCCUUGCUUCACCCUUGAUCGAGCAGCCGCAACCACUCCCACUGCUCCAGUCAUUCACUCUGCAUCCCCACGGAGACAAUUCGCGUUAUUACCGUCUAGACCGUUUGGGUGCCAUAUUUCUUCACCCGUCACUUCGCACCAUUCAUCUCUCCUGCGUCACUAUCGACGAAGGCCUUGAAUACCUCCAGCAAUACCAGCACACAACUCCACUCACCAGUCUCAUCUUUGAUGAAUGCGAAAUCUCCGCCCCUGGCCUGGCGUCAGUUCUCUGCGCUCCGAAAGGUCUCACUGACCUUACGCUGGGCGAAAACAUGCACCACAGCGACUAUACUGAUCUCUUUCAAAGAAGGCGCCUACGCGACAGUCAAGAUGGUCUUGUUGGCGCUCUAUUGCAACAAGCCCAUUCGCUCCGAUUUUUUAAGCACCUCAGCGAAACAUCAAGCCCCAUAAGAGGUCUCAACGUGUUUCCAGCGUUACGCAGAUUGGAGUUAACUCGCGUUGAUAUCCGUCAACUUUUCAAAUUCGAACACUUCCUCCCCUCUGACCUUGAAUCGCUGAUCCUGAUCGAGCCGCGGGAACACUGGAUUGGACAGCUCGACCACGUGCCUAGUGUACUAGCAGCACACUGGCUGAGGAACCUGAAGACGCUGUCCUUCAUAGUAACGCUCCAUUAUCAUCUAGGAGUGCUAUCCGAUAAGCUCUGGGGAGAUGCAUUGGCACCAAGAAUCCACAAACUGGCCUAUGAGCUGCGUACUGGUGGUGUCUGCUUUCGAAUCCUUGCUCGCAACGACUACACCGGGGCCAUGCCUCCAUAUCUGGACGGCGAAAAGAUUCCGGAGCCUGUCGUGGUCUACGACUCGCAGGACUAUUCAUUCGAGGCGAGACUUGGGGAGGACAUCCCGUUAGAGGAGAGGCGGAACAAGGACGAGCUCACAGAGGAUGAGCUGAAUGUUCUAAAAAGGCACACGGAUCGGCAAGUGUUGUAG